AACAAGAAGAAGAAGCCCAAAGCCCCGGCCCCGCCCGGCCCCUCCCCCCCGGCCCCGGGGCCGCAGGAAAAGCUGGAAAAGUUGGGAAAUUUGGGAAACUUGGAGAAUUCGGGAAUGGCCAUCAAUGGUUUCCAUGGCAACCGCGCCCCCAGCCUGGAGUCGCUGCCCGAGGCGGGGGCAGCGCAGCGAGCCCUGGGCAAUGGAAUUGCAGCCUCGGGUGCCCCGAGCCAGGGCCGGAGCCUCCGCAGCAGCCCCGGCUCCCCCGCGGGCCGGAAACUGGGGCCCAGCCUGGAGCGCUCCCUGAAGGAUCUGCAGCGCUGCUCCGUGGCCCUGGCGCGCUUCAGGGCCCUGCUCAGGGACGAGGUGGAGAGCUCCCUCAGGAGGGUCCGGGGCGCCUUCGGGGAGAUCCAGAGCUGCCUCAUGGACCGGGAGGUGGCUCUGCUGGCCGAGAUGGACAAAGUCAAGGCAGAAGCAAUGGACCUGCUGUCCCUGCGGCAGCGGCGCGCCGAGGCGCUGCGCGCUCUGACCGAGGCGGCCCCGGGGAUGUCGGAGGAGCAGCUGCAGGAGCUGAGAGCUGACAUCAAGCACUUUGUGAGCGAGCGCAAGUUCGAUGAGGAGCUGGGCCGGGCCGGGCGCUUCGGCUGCGACCUGGAGGCGCUGCGGGGCAGCAUCGGCGCCUUCGGCCAGGUUUCCCACCCCAGGCCGAGCUAUUCCAGCCGCUCCCGCUGCAGCUCCGGGCCCGGGGCAACGGGAACGGGAACGGGAACGGGAUCAACCAUGGGAUCGGCCCCAGGAUCGGCCCCGGCGUUCCCGGCGGGAUCGGCCCCGGGAUCCCCCCCCAUGCCGAGCUAUUCCAGCCGCUCCCGCUGCAGCUCCGGGCCCGGGAACAGCCCAGACUGGUUCACACUGGUUCAUACUGGUUUGAACUGGUUCAUACUGGUGUCACUGGUGGCCGAGGCGCGCGGGGUGCACUAG